CAAAACCCGCGCACAAGUUCACGCGCACGCGCUGUAGGCAUUGUUGGUGCUAUUGAUUAACGCGGCACUCUUUGUGUCACCAGCAUACAACACGAGCCGCCGCGCAACGUUUCACGGCCUCCAGGAGGCGGACAGCUCGGAGAGCAUCAGUGCCUCAGGAGAGCACGUGCGUCGCAGCCGCUCACGAACGCGUCGCGACGAGCGCAUCGAUCGAAGGCAGCACCGCCGCCACGCCGUCGACGCGCCCCCAAAAUCAGAACAGCCAUGUCAUCGACCGCGACCCCCUACCAGGGCGCCGGCUGGACGGAUCGAUUAUUAAACCGGGGCUUCGCGUUCGUCCACAUCUGGUCGCACUUCGUCCAGCUCGCCGCCUUCGUGGCGCCGCCCUUCUAUCUCCUUGCGAAAGUAUUGGACCUAUCAAUAAUACCGACGGGGACGGCGUUCGGGAUGGGGCUGAACGCGGGCGCGGCCUGCUACUGCGGCGCCAUGGAGGUGUUGGGAGCGACGCGGGACGCGGGCGACGACGGGAUCAUUGUUGCACCCGUGACCGCCGUCGCGUUUAUGAGUGUAGCGACGCGGUUCGAGUGGUCGCUGCUCUAUCAAUUUGUCGGAGUCUGCUGCGUCGGCCCGCUCGCGUCGAUGUGUGCGACGCUCUACGUGAAGCUGCGGCGCCCUAAGGUGAGUUAACUAUAAACCGCCCC